CCAUCAGGACCAGAGCACAGCUUCCUCUGCACACCGUCCAGGAGCACCCAGCGCCCAGCCCGAGGCACCCUCACACGGCACCUGGGCUCGACAAGCCCCAGUACCAAGCAGAGCCCUCUCCCGACACAGGAAAAAGGGGAGGCGUUGCCGCCAUCUUUAUAGUCAAAGAGCCAAAGGGAAGCACCCAAGCCUGCAUCUUAUCUACCCCCCCCCUCCAGCCCAGGCCCCCGGCAUCGAGGAGGGGAGGAGAGGAGACCUGCAGAAUACAAGCUCAGGAAAAAAAGAAAUGAUGGGGGGUUCAAGGAAAUAAGGGCACAUUUUUUGUCAUUUUUGUAUAUUUUUCACGAUCAAUUGGAUUUUGUAAGUAUUUUUUUCCUGUCCGUAUACGACACCCCAGCCGGCCUCAUCCCUCCCAGCUACAUAUUUCAUUUCGGGAGGUCAUAUUUGGGGGCGCUGCCUUAUAACCCAUUCCAUCGGGUGUAGAUCGUGGCCGCUGUCUGGCUCUCUGACCGCUGUGGAGGAUAUCUGGGUGGCGGGGUACAGUCUGUGUAGAUACCGCCUGUGUACCCGGACUUUUUUUGUUGGUGGGGGCAGGUUGAAGAGGCGGAUUUGUGAGCUGGGUCGGUGUGUGUGAUUUGGCUCAUUCAUCUCGGAAUCGGGGAUCUUACGAUGCACAAACACCAUCACUGCUGCAAGUGCCCGGAGUGUUUCGAGGCGUCUCGCAUGUCCGCUCUGCGUAGGAUGGAGCCCCCGACUUACGGCGAGUGGCAGCAUGAACAGUACGGGGGCGGCUACGGGGGUUACAGCUCUCAGACCCUCCCGUCGCAACCUGCCGUCACCCCUACUGCCCGUGGCAAAUCCAAGAUGGUCCCCGCCACGCGUGAUAAUCUCACCCCUACCCUGAAGGGCCCCCCUAAGAGUGCCACCCCGAAAAUGAACGGCAACAGCCCCAACUGGUGGCCCGAGUGUACGUGCACCAACCGUGACUGGUAUGAACAGGCAGGGGCGCCACCAUUGCUGGUGAACGCGGACUGUCUGGAUCCAGGUUCCUCAGUAAAUGGCAGUGAUGGCUUGUAUAAAUAUGAAGAAAUUGUAUUGGAGAGGGGGAAUUCUGGGUUGGGGUUCAGCAUUGCUGGAGGUAUUGACAAUCCGCAUGUUCCUGAUGACCCUGGAAUAUUUAUCACCAAGAUCAUUCCAGGAGGAGCUGCAGCGAUGGAUGGGAGAUUAGGGGUGGGUGAUUGCGUCUUGCGUGUGAAUGACGUGGAUGUGACUGAGGUUGUGCACAGUAAGGCAGUGGAGGCUCUAAAGGAGGCUGGACCGGUGGUGAGGCUUCUGGUGCGACGCAGGCACAGCCCCCCAGAGACCAUCAUGGAGGUCAAUCUAUUAAAAGGACCUAAAGGGCUUGGGUUCAGCAUUGCUGGAGGUAUUGGUAACCAGCACAUUCCAGGGGACAACAGCAUCUACAUCACAAAGAUCAUUGAAGGAGGAGCUGCACAGAAGGACGGGAGACUCCAAAUUGGAGACAGGCUGUUGGCGGUGAACAACACAAACCUACAAGAUGUCCGGCAUGAGGAAGCAGUGGCCGCCUUGAAGAACACCUCUGAUAUGGUUUAUCUCAAAGUUGCCAAACCUGGCCCUGUUCACCUCAACGAGAUUUACGCACCUCCUGACUAUGCCAGCACCUUCACAGUUGAAAACCACAUAAGCCAUAACUCUACUCUUGGGGGAUACCUCAGCAGUGUGGAGAGCAAAUCCCCCUACCAGCCUCCUCAAGUUACCCCUUCCAGAUUUUCACCUGUUCCCCGACACAUGCUGGGAGAAGAGGAUUUUACCAGGGAGCCACGAAAGAUCAUUCUACACAAAGGCUCCACAGGACUGGGCUUCAACAUUGUUGGUGGAGAAGAUGGAGAGGGAAUAUUUGUGUCAUUUAUCUUAGCUGGGGGACCAGCUGACCUGAGUGGAGAGCUUCGCCGUGGGGACCGCAUCCUUUCUGUUAACGGAGUGAAUCUUCGCAGUGCAACACAUGAACAGGCGGCAGCAGCCCUGAAACGGGCAGGCCAGACCGUGACAAUCGUAGCACAAUAUCGGCCAGAAGAAUACAGUCGAUUUGAGUCAAAGAUCCAUGACCUCCGAGAGCAGAUGAUGAACAGCAGCAUGAGCUCAGGGUCCGGGUCCCUCCGUACCAGCGAGAAGAGAUCGCUUUAUGUCAGAGCUCUCUUUGACUAUGACCGCUCGCGGGACAGCUGCCUACCCAGCCAAGGUCUGAGUUUCUCUUAUGGAGACAUUCUGCAUGUUAUCAACGCUUCUGAUGAUGAAUGGUGGCAGGCGAGAUUGGUCACACCCCAUGGAGAGAGUGAGCAGAUCGGUGUUAUCCCCAGCAAAAAGCGCGUUGAGAAAAAGGAACGAGCACGGCUGAAAACUGUCAAGUUCCAUGGUCGGUCGGGGAUGGAGUCAAACAGGUCCAUCAAAUCCAAGCGUAAAAAGAGUUUCCGACUGUCUCGCAAGUUUCCGUUUUACAAGAACCUUGUUCAGGAUUCCGACACGGCACAGGCGGUGACAUCAAAUACAAGUGACAGCGAAAGCAGCUCCAAGGGACAAGAAGACACUAUUUUAUCAUAUGAACCAGUGACCAGGCAAGAGAUUCACUACACAAGGCCAGUUAUCAUCUUAGGUCCACUGAAAGAUAGAGUUAAUGAUGACCUCAUCUCAGAAUUUCCACAUAAAUUUGGCUCUUGCGUUCCACACACUACACGGCCAAGAAGGGAGACGGAGAUGGAUGGCCAAGACUACCAUUUUGUGGCCUCGCGAGAGCAGAUGGAGAAGGAUAUCCAAGAAAACAAAUUUAUUGAAGCUGGACAGUUCAAUGACAAUUUAUACGGGACCAGUGUCCAGUCUGUGCGCGCGGUGGCUGAAAGGGGAAAACACUGCAUUCUUGAUGUGUCUGGGAAUGCAAUCAAGCGAUUGCAACAAGCGCAGCUAUUCCCCAUUGCUAUUUUCAUCAAGCCAAAAUCUGUAGAAGCGCUUAUGGAGAUGAACCGGAGGCAAACAUUUGAACAGGCCCACAAGAUGUUUGAUAAAGCUACUAAGCUGGAGCAGGAGUUUGGAGAAUAUUUCACAGCCAUCGUACAGGGGGAUUCACUGGAAGAAAUCUAUAAUAGAAUCAAGCAGAUAAUUGAAGAUCAUUCUGGACAUCACAUCUGGGUUUCAUCCCCCGAAAAACUCUAAGUCUCCUUUUAAAUGGAUAUUGGAUAAUUAACCCCCACCAUACUCCUCUACCCACGCCCCAAGAAAAUAGGAGGUUCUGACUGCAUUCUUCUACCAUCAAACACAAGGAGUUUUGAUCCCUUUUGGGUGUCCCAGAAAGCCAUCGGUCCCAGGAAAAUCCCAUUUGUCUGAAGCUAUACGGAUCCAACGGUGAAUGUUCUGCUGGGCACUAAACAAAAUCCCUUCUCUUGUUUGAGCCGAGAGGGAAAAGAACUUUGAACAUUUUAGUUAAAAACAGAAAUGCAAAAAGGGAAAAGGAAUAGAAGAUGCAAUGUCCUCCCAACUAUAAAAGUAACCCCUCCUUUAUCACACUUACCCCUGCUGGGUUGGAAGAAGGCAUAUUUAUAUACCUAUAAAUAUAUAUAUAAUGUGUGUAUGUGUGUGCGCGUGUGUAUAUAUAAUUUAUAUAUGAUUAUAUAUAUAUUAUAUAUAUUUUGGCUGUGAUGGGAUAUUGGUCCCUGCUAUUCUAUUGUUUUUGUAAGGGAUUUUUUUUUCCUGUGAUUGGUAGAGCUUUAGUCUCUGCCUGGUACUAUAUCGCCUGCCCGCCACGGCUGGAUUUGCUCAGGCUGGGUAUGUGGUAACAUUUUUAAAUGUGGUUGCACCAAACUUAAGGGAGAGCGUGGAUCAGGGAUCUGGCUGCCUGCUUGCUGCUUGUCAAGUCUAAAGUGUCUCUCCUAGGUACACUGAACUUCAUAGAAGACUGAAAACUGACCCAAUGUGCAUUAUUUUUAGGAACUGAGAUUUUUAAACCAUAAGCAGAUGUGUACAGAGAAGACCCACUAUGGUUAUCCUUGUACUGUAUAUCUGCAGGAAGGAGGCUUUUUAACUGACAUGACUCGAAACCAGGACUUUAAAAGGAUACGGUCUGAAUGAGAAACAACUGCUUUGACAAGCUGUGAUCAGACGGCACCCCUGUGGCUGCUAUUGGCUCCUAAAAAUGUCUGCAGAGCUUUUUGUUGCAGUGCUGAUCCAUAUGGCAUUUACAUUUUAUUUUCUGGUUGGAGAGCUUUUUUUUUUUCACCAUUUUCCCUAUUUUUUUUUUUUUUUUUUUUAUUUAAAAUUUUGAGGGGGAGUUCCCUACAGGGAUUUGCACGCGAUUCUAUCCAGGGGCGCACGGACACUUCCAUUCUGCCGGUCAUAUAACGAACCUCAAGACCACAGGAUGUAUCGGUUCCAAGGACUUAUCUGAUUAUUUUGAUCUAGACGCCAAGAGGAUGAUAAGGGAAAGCAGCAAGAAGAAUAUUUGAGGUGUAGACGCUGCCUUGAGUAGGAUGACCGAACUAGUGGCUCUAAACUCGAUGUUGGCAAAAACGCAUUCCUUUAUAACUUUUUUUUUUUUUGUUGUUGUUUUUUUUGCUUUUGUUCAUCCAGUUAUGUUGUAUUGCCAUACAUGCAUUUUUCAUGGUAGCUUAAUUUUUAACUGAACGGGUAUAAAAUCCUUUGUUCUAA